GAUGGCGGACGAGGGUGUACUUCCGUUCUUACGAUAUAGAUUGUGAAAAGAAGAUUAACGUUUAUCAAAUGCUGUGGUGUCUUUGGAACAUUUCGUGGAGCGCACCUGCUGUGUAGUUCCUGACGUGAAUGUACAGACAUGGGAUCGCGUGUCAAAGAGAACCCGGUCAAGUUGUUUGAAGUGUUUGUGGAGGUGGCCAAACCUGAACCUGGGCAGGAUGCAUUCAUCCUGCAGAAGUAUCCUCUACAAUACGAUGAUGAGGAAGUACUUAAGACAAUACCAAGGUUUGUCUACCCUUGUGAGAUGGACUGCUCCAACGUAGAUCACUUCACGUUUGUGUUGACGGACCAGGACAGUCAGUAUAGAUUUGGUUUCUGUCGCCAUGCAACCGGUGCACAGACCUGUCUGUGUGUUAUCAGUUUCUUGCCAUGGUUUGAAGUGUUUUACAAGCUGCUAAAUAUGGUAGCGGAACUGCUCAACCGGACAGAUGACAACAGCCUGACGCCGCUGCUGGAGAACACGUUCAACCAUGAGAUUCCCAUGCCAGGGGUGCCGGUCACCAUCCUUGCCCAACAGGAGAUGUUCAGCUUCACAAGUCCAGAUCUCUCCCAACUACCCAAUAUUCCUUCUAGUCGUAAUUUAACUGAAUACUACAAUGCAAUAGACACAAACAAUAUGAUGGUCAUUUUUGCCAGUAUGCUCAAUGAAAGGCGGUUGUUGUUUACAUCGAAGAAACUGAGUCGGCUGACGGCGUGUAUCCAUGGAGCAGAGUCUCUCCUUUAUCCUAUGCAUUGGCAGUACCUGUUCAUACCUGUAUUACCUGCCCAUCUUAUAGAUUAUGCCUCAGCACCCAUGCCGUAUGUGAUAGGAGUCCACGCGACUCUGAUGGGCAAAUUACGGCCAUCAGAACUAGGUGAUGCUGUGAUAGUUGAUGCUGACAAGAAUACGGUUCAGACAGAAUAUAGCGACCUCGAGGACCUGCCGGAGGAAGUGCUGUCCUACCUCAAGAAAUACCUGAAGGGGGAACGUGUGAAGAGUUCCAUGCUGGAGUCGGGGGAUGCUAUUUCACGGGCCUUCCUCAAUGCCCUCGUCAGACUCAUAGGUGGAUAUCGUGAUGCCCUCAAGUUCCACACAGGAGAGCCAAUCACAUUUGAGCCUGAGGCUUUUGUGACAUCACGUGCAACUCCCUCCAUGCAAGCGUUCCUGCAGCAGAUGCUCCAGCUACAGAUCUUCCAACAGUUCAUCAAUGGCCGCCUUGAAAUCCUGAACUGUGGCGAAGGCUUCAAUGACCUGUUUGAGAAGGAGGCUGUGCUCCACGCUGACAAACUCAACACUCAGUCCAAGUACAAGGAGUGGGCCAGCAACAUGAAGAGACAAGGGAAGAAGUUUCAUAAGAGUGGGAAGGAAGUCCUGUCCGACGUGAGAGAGAGGGCACCGAUUAUGAUGAAUUCUGCUGUUCAGUCUAUGAAGCACCAAGGAAAGAAGGCUGUGUCUGGUAUCAAGGCGAGAUUAAAUGAGAUUAACGAGAGCACAAAGAGCUCAAAGGGUCUCCGCGUAGGAUCUCAGCGCACACCAGACCGACAGAGACCUGCCACUAUCAUUGGCCCCACCAUAAAGGGCUCGAGGCCUCCAAGGCCUCCCCAGAUAUCAGCUGCUAAUCUCAGAUCAAGAACAUUGGAUAGGCCAACAACGACGUACAAGGUGCUGGACGUCCCUGAAGACGAUUCUACGACAGACGAUGACCUGAUGUCGACAUACCAGCGUGUAAGCUGCAGCCUCCUGUCCGACCCUGAUAUACAGCAGGCAUACCAACGAUCUCCCACCUCCGAACUCUGUGGAGAGGUCAAACACCCAGCCAGUGAUGACUCGUCAGCGGAGACUCCCUCUAGUGGCUCACAGACACCUGCAGAGGAAUCUGGGAUACCAUACAUUGGCCUGGACUCAGGCCCUGUGCCAAAUGCCACAGACGAUACUCAGGCAGAGUUAUCUUCCUUACCAAGGUCCUCUCCUGUCAUACGAAGGGCAAACGGAGCUCCUAGUAUGGCUAUUCAAGGACCUCCUCCCAUUCCUGCCCCUAGGUCAAAGUCAUCAAAAAUUUCAGGUCCUCGUCCUCCACCACGUCCGUCAAAGCCAAAACCAAAUGAUGAACAGUUGAUAAGGUUUGAAUCAACGGAGUCCGAGCCUGAGAUUGUGUUUGACCCGUUUGCAGUAAGUAACACCCAGUCACCUGCCAGUCAAGCGACACUAGCAGAUGAUUCCUUCAAUAGUUCUCCAGGGUUUGAUAGAUCAAGACCUAACCGAAGUUCACUCAUUAAUCGGUCACCUGCAUUCCGAAAAACAGGUCAAGAGACACCUGUACGAAACUGCUACAAACCGGACAAUUCACCUGAAAAUUCAGAAGCUGAAGACCCCAAGUUACUAUUUGACCCUCUUGCUGGUUUCAAUAAAUCACUUGACCCAGCUUUGUCCAGUCUGUCCAAACCCACUAGCCCCAAAUCUCCAUCAUUAUUACAAGACUGGUCAUUCAGCCAACUGGCAAGCUCCCCGAUGGUCAGUCCCCCCCCAAGACCCCAACAAAGCUCCAUGUCCAACCCUGCUUACAACAUGACAAUGCCACAGUCCAUGAGGAACCAGCCACCACCGAUUGCGGCCAAACUGGGACAACCAACAGUUUGUUCAAGUCCUCUUUACAAAGACCCCAGGGUGUCUAAUCCGUUGUAUGUUGGCAUGACAACGAACAGUUCAUCCCAGGCAGUGAGUCCACCUCCGCCUCCCAAAAAGGACCCUUUUGGUGACAUUGGUGACCUGAAUAACCUAGUUAGGUUGAGUAUUGGUCCACAGAUCACUAAACCGACAAACAGCCAACAAACGGAAGCCCAGAAAAGUGGCACAUGGGAAACAUUCGACUGACAUACAUGGAGAGAUCCAUACAGACUGUGAUAUACUUCAGUUGUUAUUUUAUAUGUGUACGCCAUUAUGUAAGUACAUCCUUAUUUGUGUGCAUUAUUACGCUGUAUGCCGAUAUGUGUGUACGUCACCUGUGCAGGCUCACAGCUGCAGGGGCAGUCGCGGAUUCAUGUAGUACUCCAUUGUUGAUAAUCUUGUUACUACUUGUGUUCAUGUUUCCAUGGUAACCCAUGUCUGUUAUUGAAACUGUACAGGUUUCGUCUGUAUUGGUUAUGUUGUUUCUGUAAGCUGUGCGUAACAUUCACUCAUGUACGUCUGACUUCCUUGUUAAAAAUAAUUAUUCUUUAUAAAUACACUGGACAAUCCAAAAAAUAGAAAUUAAGGUUCCACAACUAAGGAGAUUUGAUAACAUUGUCAUUCUGGUAAAAUCAAAAUAUAAAACAUGAAAAUAUAUUUAAGGGAAAAAGGGUUAACCCCUAUGUCUACCUACUUCAAAUUUAUUUGAAUAAUAAAAUGCAUGUCUGAAUUUGAAACCCACGGAAACAUUAUUCUAAAAAAUUGUAAUAUUGUUCCACAUGUAUAAAUCUUUUUCUUAUCCUAUUUUACAAACUGCAUUCCUUUUUAUUACCUGUGAAAUAUGUAAUGCAGGAUAUGUAUUAAAAUUUAAGGUAUAUAAGAUAUUUCUAUUUUUUUUAUGAGGAAAAAAGUGACCCUGCUAACAUAGAAUGUGUUUUAGAUAAGUGGAUAACAAACAUAAGCUUAUCAGUGUUCAGUAACUCAACAUGAUUUAUGUGAUAAUUGUUGAUUCCACAUAAACAUGCCGCCUCAAGUGGUCACACGCUGAUUGAAUGGUACUCUGCUGUGACUUCAUAAAGUAUUGUGCAAUUUUGAUGUACCAGGCUGUGAAAUAACGUACAAAGAUCUCAUUUUCAGUUUGACAGGGAUCCUUGAUGUCAAGACUGUUGAUAUUUCAGAAAGAUGUAUUUAGAUUAACUAAUUUUACGUUUUUGUAGAUGGGUAGUUCAGUGUCUUAAUUUUCUCCCAUUUUCGUUACUGUACAAGAAAGUUAAUAUCAUUACAAGUUGUCUUUGGAUUGAUAUCUCGAUCUGAAUCCGCUCACGGGAACCUUUUCGAUUCAUAGCCAGCUAGACAAACACAGUCUGUAAAAAUACUGGAUUUUUAUAAAAACAAGCAACUACUUUGAAAUUGGUUCCUGGAAAGGGACUGUGGAAAAACUUGACUUCCUUUAUUACAGUAAGGGAUUUACAGAAGGUAUAUGAUAUGGCUCAGUGACUUUGAGUGAGACGGUGUAAAAUCUAGACGUACUUCAUUUAGGACAAUAGCGUUACAGUAGGGAUGAGUGGAAGGGAAAACGUAAUGGUUCAGGGUUUUAUAAGGCAGUGGAAAGUCAGUGCUUGCUUCAUUUAGGGUUACAGCGUUACAGUUGGGCUGGGUGGUAGGGGAAACGUAAUGGAUCAGUUUUUUUUCAGAACUUUGAGAGAGACUGGAAAAUCUAGACCUGCUUCAUUUAGAGCUAUAGCGUUACAGUAGGGCUGGAUGGAAGGGAAAAUACUCUGGAUUAGGGAUGUUGAGAAUGAGAAAAACAAUCAGCCUUUGUUUUAGAAUGUAAUGGAUUGUAGUCUUGAACUUCCCUCAGUUAAGAUCUGUCUGACAAUCAGUUGCAUUUUUUAGUGAUACUAUUUAAGAUGACACAGAUAUUUUCUUGCUGUAUCCACCAAGGUUAUCCCUUGGUGUCCCUUAUUGCUAAAUCAGCAACUAAGGUAAAUCAAUAUUUUUUCUGAAAUGAUUGAUAAGAAUAUAUUUGACAGUUAUUGUGAUGAUAGUUGUCCACAGGAAUCAGUUUUAAGACUAGAUGACAGUGUUUUCAGUCUUACCUUCUGAGAGUAGUAGUUGUCAGUCAAUGGUAUGAAAAGGCUUCUAUAGCAGAGAAAGCAUCACUGUUGUAUUGGGUUUCAGUGCUGGAGGGAAGGUGAGUGAGUUCAAAUUUGACACCAUAUGGAUAUUAUUUCAGCCAGGUAGUGUCACAGGUGAAAGACUUUGUUCUCAUGUAGAUUGUGAAGAAAGUUACCUUGCCAGACACUGUGCUCAAUAUGCCCCUCUAACACAUGGGAUAAUGGUGUUAUGUUCUGUGCUCGAUAUCCCCCUCUACCACAUGGGAUAAUGGUGUUAUGUUCUGAGAACAUGCCAGUGAGAUCACUGGGCAGGAACUACUUUCAGGAGGCUGUAGCUACUCUCUUCAAUUCGUAACUACUUGUGUCAUUCCGGCAAGCCGGAUGGAGUCUCGUACCCCUCUCGUGGCCAUGUUUACGACUGAGCAGGAACUACUUUCAGAAGGCUGUAGCCACUCUCUUCCCAUUCGUAACUACUUGUGUCAUUCCGGCAAGCCGGAUGGAGUCUCGUACCCCUCUCGUGGCCAUGUUUACGACUGAGCAGGAACUACUUUCAGAAGGCUGUAGCCACUCUCUUCCCAUUUGUAACUACUUGUGUCAUUCCGGCAAGCCGGAUGGAGUCUCGUACCCCUCUCGUGGCCAUGUUUACGACUGAGCAGGAACUACUUUCAGAAGGCUGUAGCUACUCUCUUCCCAUUUGUAACUACUUGUGUCAUUCCGGCAAGCCGGAUGGAGUCUCGUACCCCUCUCGUGGCCAUGUUUAUGACUGAGCAGGAACUACUUUCAGAAGGCUGUAGCCACUCUCUUCCCAUUCGUAACUACUUGUGUCAUUCCGGCAAGCCGGAUGGAGUCUCGUACCCCUCUCGUGGCCAUGUUUACGACUGAGCCCUGUCUAAGCGCAAACGGGCAUGGAGAUGAAAAUAGUCUAGUACUAUUACCAAGGAAAGAUAACUCUGAAGAGACAAAUCUUACACGGUCCUUAUCUGUUUCAUUUUUUACAAGUCUUUACAUCUACAGAUGUGAUAGAUAGGUUAACUAUCAUCAAGAAACUAUU